AUGCGCGGCGCGCUGAGCUCGACGCUGUACACGCUGGGUGCGACGGCGGUGUGCGUGUCGAUCGGUGCGAAGCACGGGGUGAUCGAGGUGAGGACGGAGAGGAUACGGGACGAGACGGCGCGAACGCUGUGCGCGGGGACGCUGCGCGCGAGCGACGCGGCGGUGGACUUGGCGUUUGAACUCGGGACGAGGAUCGCGCGAGAGCUGGGAUCGAAAAAGUGA